AUGACUGUGGCCACCAUGGGUAGCCAUGAGGGCUACACAAUCCAAGCCACCGCUGCAAUCGCCGCUGUCAUCACCUUCCUCAUUCUCUUCACCAUCUUCGGCAACAUCCUGGUGAUCAUCGCCGUGCUGACCAGCAGGUCUCUGAGAGCCCCGCAGAACCUCUUCUUGGUCUCUCUGGCAGCAGCAGACAUUUUGGUGGCGACCCUCAUUAUUCCCUUCUCCCUUGCCAAUGAGCUGAUGGGCUACUGGUACUUCGGCAGGACCUGGUGCAAGGCCUAUCUGGCGCUGGAUGUUCUCUUCUGUACCGCCUCCAUCGUGCAUCUCUGCGCCAUCAGUCUAGACCGUUACUGGUCCGUCAGCCGGGCCAUCGAGUACAAUUCCAAGCGGACGCCGAGGAGAAUCAAGUGCACCAUUCUUGUUGUGUGGUUGAUUGCCGCCGUCAUCUCUCUGCCUCCGCUGGUCCUCAACGAAAACCCAAACAAUGCAAAAGAAGAAGACAGGAAAUGUGAACUGAAUGAGGAACCAUGGUAUAUCCUUUCCUCCAGCACCUGUUCCUUUUUUGCUCCCUGUGUCAUUAUGAUCUUGGUGUACCUCAGGAUCUACUUCAUAGCCAAGCGUCGAAGCAGGCAGGGGUCUAGAGCAAAGAAGCCGAAGGUAAAAGCGGAUGAAGGGCAUCCUCAAAUUGUCACUGGCCCAUCCAGUGAAAUGUCUCCCAAACAGAACCAUCCAGAAAGGGAACUCAAUGGCCAUCAGUUGCCUGUUCAAGAAGGGGACCAACCAGAUGCCCAUAUUCUCUCUACCAAAAGGACUUCUCUUGUGAACCAGGAGGAAAAACUCCCCCAGACAGCAACUGCCACCAGCCCUUCUGAGCCCCAGUCAGAGAAGAAACCAUCUUCAGGAUCCAGUCUGCUGGAGUGCUCUCCUCAUAACAGCGUGAAGCAGAGCAAUGGUAACCCACAAAGCUCACCGAAGGGCAUGGACACCUUGGCCACAGCCAGAGGGGAGGUUGUGCUGGUGAGGAGGGUCCUCAGCACCAACCCUUGGAAGAGGAAGACACACCUGAACCGAGAGAAGAGGUUUACUUUUGUUCUUGCUGUGGUGAUUGGGGUCUUUGUCAUUUGUUGGUUCCCUUUCUUCUUCCUCUACAGCCUCAGAGCCAUCUGCCCCGUGAAGCUCUGUCCAAUCCCAGACAGCACGUUCACAUUUUUCUUCUGGAUUGGCUACUGCAAUAGCUCUUUGAACCCUGUCAUAUACACCAUCUUCAACCAGGACUUUCGCAAGGCGUUCCGAAAGAUUCUUUGCAGGCAGUGGACUCAGACUGCUUGGUGAGACGCUGAGACAGAAAGAGAGACCAAGAAAAGUUAGAGGUGCUUGGAGGACCUCAUCGUGCUAUUUAAACAAUCUAUUUAUUUGUUGGCUUCUGUGUUCGCAGAAAGGGGAGUGAGGUGAGUGUUUCCAGAAAGUUUACUUUGGUUCAGCUUUAAAAUAUAUG